AUGAGUGACGCUUACCUGACCAAGGAGCAUCUAGCGGGGUUCGAUAAUUAUAAGUACAAUGCUAAGGAUACGUCGCCCCUCAGUAUUUAUCUUAUGCAUCCGUUUUGGAAUUGGCUCGUAGAGUAUUUUCCGAAAUGGAUCGCACCGAAUGUGAUGACGUUUGCAGGCUUCCUGUUCACAGUGGCCAACUUCGUGCUACUGUCUUGGUACGAUUGGGGUUUCUGGGCGAGCACGGAACUGGAAAACACGACGCCGGUACCGAACUGGUUCUGGGCGCUUGCAGCAGUAAACAUUUUUCUCGCCUACACGCUUGAUGGCAUUGAUGGCAAGCAAGCGCGAAGAAUCAAGCUCUCCGGUCCGCUAGGCGAGCUGUUUGAUCACGGGCUUGAUUCGUACUCGGCAUUCUUCAUCCCGGCAUGCCUGUACAGUAUUUUCGGACGCGGCCCUACAUCAGUACCGCCGAUACGAAUGUACUACAUUAUGUGGACGAUUUUCUUCAAUUUCUAUCUCUCGCACUGGGAAAAGUAUAACACGGGCGUGUUGUAUUUGCCCUGGGGCUACGAUCUUGGCAUGUGGGGCUCCGUGUUGAUGUACCUAGCUACGUGGAUGUUUGGCUAUCAACUGUGGAAAGUAUCCCUUCCAUGGGGUAUCUCAGCGGGUCAGUUGAUGGAGCUGUGUCUGCACGUGAGCGCCAUGUCGAACCUGCCGAUGGUGGUGUAUAAUAUGUACCGAUCAUACAAGGAUCGUACCGGCAAAAUGCGCACGAUGAAGGAAGCGAUGAGACCACUUUUCACGUACGGCACCUUCAUGUUUGUGUGCCUACUGUGGGUGUUUGUGUCCCCCAACGACAUCAUGAACCGUGAUCCACGAGCAGUGUACAUCAUGACAGGGACGAUUUUUAGCAAUAUAAGCUGCCGAUUAAUUGUGUCGCAAAUGUCUAACACGACGGCAGAAACGUUCAACUGGAUGACAGGUGCGCUUUGCGGAGCCAUUCUAAUGAGCCUCACAAUGCCCUUGCUUGAAAGGCCAUUGCUAUACUUACUCGUACUCGGGUCGUCAUUCGCUCAUUGGCAUUACGGCAGUGGAGUGGUACAACAAAUGUGCACACAUUUUAACCGACGCUGCUUUAUGGUAACAAAACCGACCGAAUCCAAAGAAUAG